AUGCAGUCACUUUGUCUCCUACUCCCUAUCUCGGUUUGCAAAAGGACCUGUAUCUCACUGGCCAUCGCAUUUUCAAAAACAGCAACAAUGACCAAGGAGUGGCUGAUCUUUGCCUUGGGCACCAAUAACUGGCAGGGAUCAGAGCAGUUUGCCCCAGGGUCUGGCAUUCUUCACCAAGGUCAACAUGUGGCCAUGAACAUGCUGAAUAGCUGCCACUGCUACUCAAUAUGGCCAUCUGAUCUCCAAAAGACCCCAACGGAUCGUGACGACUACCGCGUGUACGAGAUUCCUCACCCUAUUCCCAUCUGUGAAAGUGUCGGACCACAGAGCAGCAAGAGAUGGCAUUCCAUGAGCGAUGAGGAGGUGACAAGCUACUGCGACACUCUGCUGAAGGAGUGCAUUGAUUUCAUCGCCUACAUUGAGAAGAAGCACGGCAAGCGUAUCGACCUCUUUCUUGCUCAUCAUUGCUUCAUGAAUCCUGUGAUUAUGUCCGAGAUCAACGAGCGUCGUGUGGCACAGGGGAUUCCACAGGUGCCACUUGUGGUUUUUGCGCAUGGAACGGCUCUUAAGAUGUACGAGAAUGAAAUCAAUAAGCUUCCAGAGUUUCCCAUGAAGUACUACGACUGGAUUCGUGGCACCAAGAGUAUCUUUGAGGGGACUGGUCACGUCUCUGGUGUUUUUGCCGUCUCGGCGCAGCAGAAGAGUACCUUUGAAAAGCUGUUCCCCCUUUUCCCCAUUGAGCGCGUCGCCAUCACACCCUGCGGUUACAACCAGCUGGUGUUUCACCCAAUGCCAGGGAUGACACGCGAAAAGGCUUUUGGUCACAUGCCCCAGGUUCUCUACGACGGAUUUGAUGCCACCCAGCUUUCAUCCAUGCAGUGCAAUGUGCGUCCUGGUCAGUGCAUCCCUAACGUGAGCGCGUACGACAGGGUCGUUGUUUUUUGUGGCCGCUUCGCUCACUGGAAGCGAAUCGACUCCGUCCUGAAAGCUGCCAGUAUGUGGGAGAAAGAGGACAAGAAGAUCCUUACUCUGAUCUUUGGUGCCGGGUCCCAAGAAACUCGGAAGCUGUAUGUAGAUAUGGCUUAUCAGGAUCUGGGGCUGAAAGACACCUUCUUCCUGGGCCCUCAGAGCCAACCUGAUCUGGCCAAUAUCUACACUGUCGUGGAUAUCUCUGUGUUUCCGAGCCAUGAGGAGCCCUUCGGACUGGUGUUCAUCGAGUGCAUGGGGUGCGGAACACCUGUGAUUGGUGCCAAAUCCGGUGGACCGCUGGACUUUGUUAGCGACGAGGUUGGUACCUUGGUGGACGAAGGUACAAAUGACGAGGUUGCUGAGCGUGUCUAUGCUGCGGUGAAGCAGGCGCUCGUGGAGGACUGGAAGAAGAUAAAAGGUCCCCAGUGCGAACAGUAUGCGCUCAAGAAGUUCAGUCUAACUACACAGGCGGAACUGAUGCUUCGAUUUGUGGAGAGCCACUUUACCAAGUAA